AUGGCUCAAUACAAGUUUGAAGGUGAUUUUGAAAAUAUAACUGAACCUCAAUUGGAGUUUAUCAAUAAAGUGAUACAAGAACAAGAUUUAGAUGUCAAUAAAGUAGUAUUUCUUCCUGUUGGAAAACCUGGCGAUAAUUUUGCAUCAAACGUGAAGAGACUCAGUAUAGAAGGUAAUAAUGGAAACAUGAAUAUGAUCAUCAAAAUAGCACCUUCAGGUGAAGCUCAACGCAUGACGUUUAUGUCUGAAAUUGUAUUCAAAAACGAACAUUUAAUGUACGUAGUAAUACUGCCGAAGCUCCAGUCCCUACAAAAAGAAGCAGGUGUACCAGAAGAAGAACUUCUACGAUUCGCAAAAUGCUAUGGAUCUUUCACUGAAGCACCAAACGAGGUCAUAAUUUUGGAAGACUUAUGCGAGUCUGAUUAUGUAAUGUUGGACAAAUUUGAAUCACUGUCGGAUGAAUGUAUGAAGAGUGUAUUAAAAUCUUUUGCCAUUUUUCAUUCUCUCUCUUACGUGCUAAAGCACAAGGAACCAGACACAUUUGAAUAUUAUAAAAGUCAAUUGUACGAUGUAUGGAGUCUAAUGGCUGAGAAUCCAGUAUUCAAAACACAUACUGAGGUAUUUGUAAUGGCAGUCCAAGCUCUAUUGGAAGAAGAAGAGCAUAAAAAUAUUGUGAAAAGUAAAUUAGCUGAAGUGUUUAAUCUACUGACUAAACUAAAUAAAUGGGAACAAAAGAAUAAACAUUCUGUCAUUCAACAAGGCGAUGCGUGGACCAACAAUAUCAUGUUCAAAAUUGGGGAGGACAAGGUGCAAACGGUCAUGCUCGAUUUCCAAGGAUCAAAGAACAACAAUCCAGUAGCUGAUCUCCUCUACGUCAUCUUCAACUGCACCGACCAUGAAACACGAGCCAAACACUUCUUCGACUGGAUAGACUACUACCAUGCAGAAUUAGAAAACUCCUUAUCGAACUUUGGCCUUAAAGCCAACUACGUCUACUCAAGGGAUCAAUUAGACGCAGAUGUUAAGAGAUACGGUAAAUUAACGUUCGGAAUGUCUGUGAUGUUGGCUAACCUUUUAAUGAGGGAUACAAACGAAGCAUCAGAGCUGUUGGAAGCCAUGAAAACUACAGCUGAUAUGAAAGAAUUAAUGGAGUCCAUGGGCAGCCAAGUACUGCAACACGAAACUAUAAUUCGUGCUAGAAAGAAAGUUGUAGACCUUAUUACGAGUUUUUCAGAGUUUGGCUUGUUUUAA